GCCGAUGCGAACGGUCAUGUGAAUGCCAACCAGAAGGGCGGCAAGGCCAAGCAGAAGCUCAACAAGCAGCAGAACGCCAUGAUCCGCAUGCAGCAGCAGGUGGAGCGCAUCGUGCAGAGCCGCAAGGAGCGCAUGGAAAAGUCGGCGUCCGGCGCGGCGCUCGAGGGUGCGCUGGGCAGGGUGAGCCUGAGCUCCACCAAGAAUCCGCGCCAGAUGCUCCAGCUCUCGGCGGAUGCGGCCAAGGCGAACAAGGAGCGCGGGUCGGAUGCGGCGGCGGCUCCGGAUGCGGGGCAUGCGAGGGAUGCGGUGCGGCAGGCGCUCGAGGGUGCGUCGCUGGGUGGCGGAGGCAAUGCGGACGUGCGUCGGGAUCCGUUGACCAAGCACGAGGUGCUGCGCAUCCUGGAGAGGCUGUACGAUCUGGUGCUGCAGUUGGAGCAGCUGCGACGCAAUGCGCCCGCAGCGCCUGGCGAGGUGGGUGUGGAGGAUGAUGCGGGUGCCGAGGCCAAGGCGGCGUGGAAUGCGCAUCAGGCGGAGCAGGCGGCGGUGACGGGAGCGCUGUGGACGGAGCUGCGCGUGCUCGAGCCGCUCGAGAUUUCGGACCCGCAUCCGUUUGUGAGCCUGCUGUCGUCGGCCAAGGGUAAGCGGCUGUUGCCGCGUGCGCUGCGCCAUCUCAGCUCGGAGCAGACUCUGACGGCGCUGACGAUGGUGGUGGCGUCGUUCGAGUCGCUCGAUGUCGUGCGCAACGGACGGUUGCUGGAUGAUCUUUCGGACGAUCCGACGCGGGUGGAGGCGAGGAGGGAUGCAGAGAGGCAGAGCGAGACGUUUGCUACCACCAUUGUGCCGAGCAUGAUGCAGAUGGCCAGCACAGCGCCGAUGCGCAUUGUGUCCGGCAUGUUGGCGCUGUUUGUCGAGCGCAACGAUCCUGUAAGGGUCACGCAGACUCGACCGGGCGUGGCGUUUUUGACCAUCUUUUUGUCGCGCGCCGAGACGCUCAAGCAGCAGGGCGAUGUGCCCGCCGAGGAGCUGGAGCAGUUUAAGCAGAUCUUUGCACUGCUCUUCUCGCGACUCACUGCGCACGGUCAGCUGGUGACGCUGUUCCCCUCGACGCGCACCAAGAUGUCGCUGCCGUUCGGAGUUAGCUACUACAUGGGCUCUGGGUUGGGCCAGCAGUUGAGCGCACAGACCGUGGGUGGCAAGUAUAGGAAUGUGGAUCUGGAGGACGAGCCGAGCUGGAACCUCAUGGCUGCGCUCGCGAUCGGUGCGUCCAUGGAUCAACAGCAGGUGCUCGUGCAGGAGCUGCGCGAGAAGAUCCUCGAGAAUGUCAUCAGCGCCAAGGAGUGGCAGAAGCGCAACCCGGGUGCGGUCCAGGACGAUAUCAACCCGGACAUCCGCAUUCGCAACGUCAAUCUGCUGCUGCAUGCGCUCAACCUCGACGCUGCCCAGAUCAGCGUGUAA